AAGCGUGGAGCCUCCUCCUCCUCCUCCUCCCCUUUCACAUAAACACUGUGAUUCCCACAGAAACCUCGCACACACACACACACACACACACCACACACACCACACACACGCACGUACAGGUGUCUCCUCUUGUUUUCAGUCCCGUGUUUGAGUCCGUACCUUCUGUUUGGACACAGCCUUGGACUUGAUUUCAUCCCUUGGAGCUGCUCGCACACUCUUCUACUCACCCCCGCGGCUCCUUCCUGAGAGCUGCUGUGACUCGUCGGCUCUCCACCUGUGGACUAUGCCCCCCUCAGUCAGCUGAGGGAGGGGGCUCUGCACCGCUCAGGCUCCUGUCUGGGAAAGGCUUGGGCUGAAACUAAAGAGGAGACGGUUAGGUGAACAGGGAAGCCGUGAAAGUAAAAGCUUUGCAUACUUUCUUUGUGGAUUGACUGUGAUCAAUUGAGUAGCAGAGACAGUGAGGUCGUUGCUGAAGAUGCAAGCCUCAACUGUCUCACCUGUGACCAACACGACGCUACCCGCGAACACAACCACUGUUACAAAGUCCAAAGAACAAAUACUCAUCCAGAGUUCUGGGGCGAUGAUCGCCAUCAUCGUCGUCGGCAUCAUAAUCGUUCUCGCCAUUCUACUAAUCAUCCUGAAGACAUACAACAGGCGGACACAUGUCUCCAGAGUCCUGGGAACCAGCGGUGCCUCCAAACCUCGUCAGAAGCUGUCCCAGUCCACCAUGCAGAGCAGCAUACCGCUGAGCCCCCUCGGAGUCCACUCCGUGUCGGGCAGCAUCCCCAAUUUAACCCCAGCCUCAGAGAACGGCUUCCAGCUGCCCCGCGUGGAGCUGAGCAGCCUGGAGCAAAACCACAUAGAGCAGUCGAGCACCAACAGCGGCUCCACGGCGGUCACUAUACACGAAGCUCCGACAUUAGAUAACACAUAACAGAGAGAGGGUUUAGUCUCACAACAGGCACUGACUGAUGAGUCGUCUUCGUACUGUGUGCUGACUGAAUCCUGUGGAAACUCAAACGUCAGUGUCGUCACCGUCAAUGUCCACCAGCCGAGCCGCUGCCAGCGACUACACAGAUAACAAGAUGUCCUUUUGUUUUUACAAAACAUGAACAAAAACCAGAAAAAACAGACAUGGUGGAUUACAUGAAGGAUUUUGCAUGACAGAAAAACUGAGACUUUGUUGUGAAGAAUUGCUUUCUAGGCUCCAGUCAGUGUUCACAGUGUAGAUGCUAUGUUUCUUACUGUUUGUACUUAUUUUGCAGAUGUGUCACCACUUCUAAUACAAUGAAGAAAAAAAUGUUGUAAAGACUGUAAUGGCUUUAUGUUUCUCUUAAUUAUGUGCAUUUCUAGACGACCACACCGUUUUUGAGUAAAUGUGGAGUAUGUUGAACUUCAAAGACAGUAUGAUAGAAGCUAUGUUUGAAAUACAAUCAUCCUUAUUAAAUGUGGUUUACCCUUAAAUAUAUCAUGUCUUUGUUUUCUGAUCCCAGAUUAGUCUUUGUCAUAUAUAUUUUGUCAGACAUCUUGGUCUCAGCUCAACACCCUGAUGUGAUGUUUCCGUCUGACGCCAAAAGAUUUUGCACUUUAUUUUCAUUGAUCCCUGCAUUUGAAGUGUUUGUGGUUCUCAAAAUGAAAUGAGUUGAAAAUAAAAUUUAAUAUUUGUAUUAA